AUGAGCAAGCAACCGCAUGUAUUAGUUAUUCCAUAUCCAGCACAAGGCCAUGUUGCACCUCUUCUGAAAUUGGCCACAAAGAUUGCUGAACAUGGAAUCAAGGUCACCUUCGUUAACACAGAGUUUAUUGAGGCGAAAGUCAUGGCUUCGAUACCAGAGAAAGCUGAGGGAUGGAGCCUGAUAAAGUUUGUUUCAAUUUCAGAUGGAAUUGAACGAGAUGACGAUCGGAAAGACUUUGAUAAGACUAGAAAUACCAUGUUAAGAGUAAUGCCAGGUAACUUGAAGGACUUGAUUGAGAAAAUUAACCAAUCAAGUGACUGUGAGCAGAUCACAUGUGUCAUUGCUGAUAUAUCAGUUCGAUGGGCACUGGAAGUUGCCCAAAACUUGGGAGUUUCAAGAGCUGCAUUUAUACCUUAUGGACCAGAAAAUUUAGCCUUGUCAUUUCAUGUUACAAAGAUGAUUGAGGAUGGAAUUUUGGAUUCUAAUGGAAAGCGGUGUAAUGAUAAUUGCUAUCAGUUGUCUAACAAAGCUUCUUGUUUUAGCACAAAGAUAGAUUGUGUUGAGUUGUGGCACAAGAAGCUUGGGCAACUGAACUUCAAAGACCUUGUGAAACUUUCCAGGAAGGAGGUUGUGAAAGGUCUGCCCAAACUUGAUUUCCUUAAAGGUAAAGUUGAACAAAACUGUCUUGUGAAGAAAGUUUUGAGAAUUAGAAGUAACCAUGGGAAGGAGUUUGAGAAUUCACACUUUGAUAAUUUUUGUGAUAUGUAG